AACAUUAGAGCGAUUAGAAACGAUGAUUGACUGGCUCAGCCAGAGGACAUUUGCAUGUUCGUGUGCUCCACGAAAGGACUCUUGAAUUCGAAGCCCAGCCGGAGAGAGUCACACGAGUUCUGACCGUUGGACUGACCGGACGCGUUUUUACCGAGUUCCUUCCUGAUAAUCGAACCGACAUCCCCCCAGGUGGGCGGGGUGGCUUGGCUCUUGCCUGUGGAUAACCUGUUAGUCAAUCGUACAUGUAAAAGUGUGUCGCGUGUGAGGUGUCCUAGUGGGGUGGGGUCAUUCAGUGUGCCUCCCUUUCCAUAUCGGCAUACCAUGUGGUGGAGGCAAUUAUUCGUUCGUUUACUUGCCCGCCGGGAGUGUAGCUACCGCCGCUAGGGGACUCCACAGAUUUGUUAUUGUGUGUCGGCGAAAGGAGGGAGUAAAGCUUGCGUGUCCUUGUCCUUUGUAGCGAUCACCAACGACGGACGGCGGCCAUUCUAGCACGCCUUGCCUUACAUAUCACAUCGCGUGGUCACGGAUUCCGUGAUAGCUUUGCAGUGAAACAGUGUCGUUAAAUGAAAGAAACUUGGUAAAACAACAGUAAAAUCACGUGAAAGUGUUACAAACCACCAGGAAACAGCAGUAAAAAUCAAGCACCCCAGGGAAAGGUGGACGGACGAGUGCGGUUUGUGAUUGCGUUGACGGAAGGUUGUUGGUUCGUCCUUUGACCGGGUGGCCUAAAUAUUAACUAACCAAAACUUCCUUCCUUUUGGUUUGGGUGCGCUUGCCUGCAAAUUUCAAAUGCGUUCAAUAAUUGGUCUACUUCACAUAUCGGAAUUCUUGCUUCAUUAACCAUCAUCAACUAAUAAGUGCAAACAUAAAAAAAAAAAAUCAGUGAAAAUCAACCAUCAAAACGUGAUUCAUCAAGCAAAUAAAGCACAAUGUUUGUUAAUGAGCUGCUGCCGCUUUCCAUACUUAGUGAAACAGUGAAAUGCAAACAGUCGAAAUUUUUACGUUUUGUUAUCCGUGUGAAUGCUUGAACCACACUUAAUAUUCAAGGGUGUGGAACUCCAGGGAAAAAGCACAUUUGGCAGUGUUGGUCCCCAUCCCCACCCCCUACUAGUGUUGCUUGUUUGUGUCCAGAUUGAAUCAGGGUGAUAAAAGCAUUUCACUCAUUGUGUGGCUUCCAUCAUGGUUUACAAACCACCAGGCACCUCCUCCUCAACGAGAUCUCCGCCACCCUCGACACGUGGUCUAUCGCCGGCGACUUCGCUUUUCCGCCGUGGGGGCGGAGGCUCACUUCGCGGUGGUGGCGGCGGGAAACACAACUCGAAAUCGGUGACAAAUCUCAACAACUAUCGAGACAACAAUAAUAACUCGCGGGGAAGGAAUCAAGUUCGGAAUCCGGGGACGACACGCGGUUUCGGGGGAAGCACGGAUGGGUUUAACAAUGGUAGGAAAGUGAACAAUCUACUGAAAGGAACCACAGGGACGACGGGAACCGGUAUGGUGCGAUCCAACAGUUUGAACAACAAAAGCAACCAACGUUCGAAUAGUGUCGAGAGAAUGAAUAAUGGAAAAGUUUACCGCGGACGAAGUCCGCUACGGAAUUCCACAUCGAACCUACAGCAAGCUCAGAGCCAACAAUACCAGCAUGGGAAAAAUCAGCCGUUUUUGGUGCGCUCCAGAGGAAAUGAUCGGGGCAGCAUCGACAACUUGGACAACAUCACUCAGUCUUCGAAUGGGAGCGGCAGCUCGGCUCCGGGUACACCGGAGGACAACAUCAACGUUGUGGUACGGGUACGACCACUCAAUAUGAAGGAAAUCCGCAAUGCCGACGACAUGGUGGUACAGUUUCCCGGAAACGGUCAAAUUCUGUGCGAUGGCAUUCCGGCCGCUCCGGGAAGCGGUGGCCAGAAGCCCAAACUGUUUUCCUACAACGUAGUCUUCGAACCCGGUGCAACGCAGGACGACGUGCUGCAGUAUUCCGGCAUCAAACGCCUUAUCGAAAUGGCAAUCGAAGGCUUCAGCUGUACGGCGUUCUGCUACGGGCAGACGGGUUCCGGGAAGACGCAUACCCUCACGGGUCCUCCGGAAUUGUUCUAUGGAAAACCAGAUCCGCAGCACGAAAGUCACGGAUUGGUGUUUCGAUCGUUUCUCUAUCUAUUCAAACUACUUCAGGAACGAAAGGAUACGAACUUUGUGCUGAAAGCUUCCUUCCUGGAAAUCUACAACGAGAAGGUUAUCGACUUGCUCAAUCCGGGAACGGCGCGAAAACCCCUGGCCGUAAGGUGGUCCAAAAAGUCCAGAGGAUUCUUCGUCGAAAACCUCUUCACCGUGGACUGCGAAGAACUUGACGAUCUCCUAGCGGUGCUCGAAGAAGGAAUGCGAAACCGCUCGGUGGGUUGCCACUCGAUGAAUGACUACUCCUCGCGGAGUCACACCAUCCUGACGGUGCACAUCACUUCGGAGCAGCAGGCCGAAGGCGGUGUGUUCAUAUCGAAACAGGGAAAAAUAAACUUUGUCGAUCUGGCCGGGAGCGAGAUGACCAAGAAGACCCAUAGCGAGGGGAAGACUCUGGAAGAGGCCAACAACAUCAACAAGAGUCUGAUGGUUUUGGGUUACUGUAUUGCAUCACUGAGCGAUUCGAAGAAACGUAGCGGACACAUACCGUACCGGGAUAGUAAACUGACCAAGUUGCUGGCGGACAGUUUGGCUGGAAAUGGCGUGACACUAAUGAUUGCAUGUAUUUCUCCGGCCCGAUCCAACAUAACGGAAACGUUGAAUACGCUUCGGUAUGCGGCGCGAGCAAAAAAGAUCCGCACAAAACCGAUCAUUGUCAUGGAUCCCCGUGAAGCUCUGAUUCUAAGUCUGAAACGGGAGAUUGGAGCACUUCAGGUAGAGAACGAACAUCUACGGACGGCACUGAAUCUACAGUCAGAAUCGCACGAGAUCAAUAGCCAGGUUGAUUACCUUGAACGACGGCAAAUUGUGCGAACCCCUCCAAAGGUAGAUCUCGAGAAGCUGACUGACAUGGAGGGUAACGAACUCAAAGAACUGGUUAAGGUAUAUAUGCUGGAAAACCAGGCACUACGGCAGGAGAACUCUGAGCUCUACAGUACCAGAGAAAUGAUCAUGCGUGAUCAGGAGGUGGUCUGCCGGGAGAAUGAAAGACUGUUGAAGAAACUGGAGGAUGUCAACUCGGUUUGUUGUCGCUCGCCGAUCAUUCCGGCAAGACCGACGUUCUCGGCAGAAAUGCUGAAUUUGUCGGCUAGCGGAGACGAUAUGUCCAACGUCUGGCAGAAUGCUAUGAGCGUCAGUAGUGACAGUAUGGGCAGCGUGGGUCGGAAUAAACCUGAUUCUCUGGAUGGUCGUGUUUCAGCAAACGAGAACAAAAUUCCUGAACUUUUGCAAAAGGAGCUUGAUAAAAGAAGAAUUGGCGACAGCAUUCAGACAAUCGCCAACAACUUGAAAAGGCAUAAUUCAUGGGAAAACAAUCGAUCUUUGAACGGUGUGAAGCUUGCUUCGCGUAAAGGUUCAGCAGAUAGCAGACAUUCCGACCAAUCUCAACGCAGGACAUCCCAAACUCGAAUCAUUGAUUUGAAAGCCCGCUCAUAUCCUUAUCCGUCGGAAUCGGGAUUCGUCGGGUCGUCCUGGUCCCCGCUGACCAGUAGGCGACCGGCCAGUAGUAUCAGUAGUAACAAUGCAUACAAUCGACAGUCCCCCAUGCUGCUGCGGAAGCAGAAUAAUUUUCUGAACAAGAGUCAUUCCACGGACGAGAGCCUGCUGCCAAUGAAACGGAACAUCUUUGGCAGUUUGGUAUCGCUCAACGGGGAUGACACGGCUAAACCGUUGAUUUAAAGUUUUGGUAGAACAUGAUCAGCUAAACUGGAAAAUGGAAAACGUACAAGAAGCGAACAAUCAAGAUUAUUGAACAGGGUUAUCAACGCGGGAAUAUCUGUGUGAUUAUGUUAAACCAUUGUUAGUGCAUAGAACAUAAUAGGAACAGAGUUAUAAAACUAGGGCAAUUGUGUUGUUAUGAACAUUCAGGAAGCGCACAUGAACAAAUCGGUUGUGACGAUUUUUGGAAUGUCAAUAAAUGGAAUUGAAUGAAUAAAAGU